AACCUUGUGCAGGACAUGAUCACCACGCUCCCCAAGUUGCGCGUCUUACGGCUAACCCACGCGCCAUUCUUCAGCCGCGAGCCCUGGAACUGCGAAGAAGAUGACCAAAAGCGCCAGUGGCGCCAUGGCCAGGUUGCCACUGAAAUGAUGCGUUAUCUCGCCGCGAAGAAGUCCCCGAUUCAAGUGCUCGCCUUCAGCCCAAGCGCCACCAAGUUCACGUCCCCUGGCAGCUUGGAUGAAAAUAGACAUCUAGGGCCAAACUACUACUAUGUCAGGGGAGAAACAACAGUGACGCCUGGAGGCGGUUAUAAACCAUCCCAAGUAGUUGCUGUACCAGCGUCACGGGACCUAUCGGCGCGUUACGCCGGAGAGUCUCCUAUACUCGCCCCUCAGGCAAGAGCGCCACAAAUUUGA